GGCCUUUAUUCUUGAUGCAAAAAAUUUCACUCGCUCAUGAUCACUUUCUCCAUGCUGCCAACAAGUUGUGUAUCUUCACCAGUAAGACGGACAUUUUCAUCUUGGUAUGAUCAACACCUGUGGUGCUACUCCUACUGCUGGUUGUACAUCUAUUCGAUAUUAUCACAACUAAGACUGAGACGAGAACAAGUAAGAGUAAGAGAAACAUGUUGCGCCUGAGUUGUAAGCGGCAAGCUGGCGGCUUGCUCGAGACGAUAGUGCCAGGUUAUAAGGACAAGGUAUGGAAUGCCUACUCACGCGAAUACAAUUAUGACUCUGACUCUCCCAGCUGAAGAAUACUGGAGCUUCCCAAGUGAGUUGAAAAAUAUAUCUCACUUCUACCUGUAGACAUUAUCGUAGUUAUUCUUACCAUCGCCGUACUACCGGGUUUGGUCAUUCCAUGUUGAAACAUAUAAGGUCGUGCUGCCUCUCUGACGACAGCCUGCCUCUAAGACUAGAAGUUUCUGAUUCAACGGCAGAAUGAUCAAUUUGAGGCAGGCAUCGCAGCACAUAAGCGAUGGGGUAGCAUGCUCACUUCCUACAAAGCAGAGGAGAAGAAAUUUGAGCCUAGCUGGAAGUCCCGAAAGCCUUCUGUAGAUUGGCGUCGGCAAGAGGCCAGAGGGACCUUGUGGGCUGGGAAGUUUAUGGAUCUUGGCUUUCGAUCCUACAAUAGUUUGAUGAUCGUGUUACUCAUGAAUUUUGAUGUGCGAAGCAAGUUUGAUGUAAAUAAAUGUACUGCAAUAAUGUUGAUUGCUGGCGGUAAGGGUAAGCGUAAGGGUAUGAAGACCAACAGUAUCACUAUCAUGAAAGGGACAUUUUUGUUUGAUCUAGUCGUUUUUCAGUAGUUGUCAUACGUACUACUCUGGAUGAUCAUCUAGAUCUACAUCUGAUCCUCUGGUGCUAAUAGUUUUGGUGAAUCCCCACAACAUCCUACUUCAUUUUACUCUACGAGGGUCCACCGUGUCCCGGAGCAGUUAUUCCGAGUGACUACACUCCUGGGAACACGUUCGAUCGGCUGACGCAUGACAUUCGGGAACCAUUUUCGGAGAAGGAGUGGGCCGAGCGAAAGCAGUACCGCCACUGGGACAUGGUUCAUCUGCUUUACUACGGCAUUGGCGGUUUUUUCCUUUACCGACUCAGUGGUGAGUGGCCCGUGGUAUGGUGCUAGACUGCUUCCCAUCUGUUUUGCCACAGCCUGAAGAAAAAAUAUUUUGAGUAGAUCAAAUUCGUCUACAUCGGAGCCUUACUCAUUUUUGACCAGCAGGUGCCAACCAUUCCCAUUCCCCGAUGACACUAGCAAUAGUAACUGCGAACGAGGAAGAUUAAGGCCACGCUUUCUUCACAAAACACUUCUUGUUGCGCGAAGAUAGAGAUGAGAAAUACACAUUACAUUCUGUUGCGGAAAGAAUUCGCUAUUAAAGAAUGUCAAUAGAAAGUUUGAAAGUUUUUUCAUGAGUCCUUGCCAGUCCCAGGCCUCCCUCCUCCUCUACCAACCUUGCAUA